UUUGAGCCCGUGUCGGUUCAGCCUGCCCUCGCUUCCACAUGAGCAGGGAGGGAAGUACCGUUGUUGGAUCAUGACUUAACGUUGUCAGCGGCGUCUCUGAGCUCAUUUUAACGUCGGUUCUGAUGAGAAAAAAUCACAAACCUUCAUAACACCUCAGUCGUAUAGUUUCUUAAGGAUCCGCGCUCGCUGUGUGGAGCUACCAGCUGCAGUUUGGAUGAAUGAUAGGCUCUUAGCUAGCCGAGCGAGCUAACUGCUGCUGUGUUGACGGAGCCCCGCUAACGGCAGGCUGGGUGAAGCCGAGGCGACCAUGCUGGGAGAAAUAGCCGAGCUCCCCGCCGAGGAGAAGAUCUUUUACGCCGUCCUGGUGUUCUCCUGGACGGUAUAUCUAUGGGAGGCCUACCUCGCCUUUAGACAGAGGAGGAUAUACAGGUCGACCAUGCAUGUGCCCACAGAGCUGGGGAAGAUCAUGGAUCCCGAAACCUUUGAGAAGUCACGACUCUACCAGUUAGACAAAAGCAACUUCGGUUUCUGGUCUGGACUUUACUCUGAGACUGAGGGGACGCUGAUUCUGCUCCUGGGAGGGAUCCCAUUCCUCUGGAAGAUGUCGGGGAUUGUGACUGCUCGAUUUGGCCUAGGACCGGAGUAUGAGAUUUCCCAGUCAUUAGUCUUCUUGAUGCUGGCGACUCUGUUCAGUGCCCUCACAGGCCUCCCGUGGAGCCUAUACAACACGUUCGUCAUUGAGGAGAAGCACGGCUUCAACCAGCAGACAUUAGGGUUCUUCCUGAAGGACGCCCUGAAGAAGUUUGCGGUGACUCAGUGUAUUCUGCUGCCUGUGACCUCCCUGCUCCUCUACAUCAUCAAGAUCGGUGGCGAUUACUUCUUCAUCUAUGCCUGGCUCUUUACUCUCAUCGUCUCUCUGGUCCUGGUGACCAUCUAUGCCGACUACAUCGCCCCACUCUUUGAUAAAUUCACCCCACUGCCGGAGGGAGAGCUGAAAACGGACAUUGAGAGCAUGGCCAAGUCUAUCAGCUUCCCCCUUACCAAGAUCUACGUGGUUGAAGGCUCUAAAAGGUCGUCCCACAGUAACGCCUACUUCUACGGCUUCUUUAAGAACAAGCGCAUCGUGCUGUUUGACACGCUACUGGAGGAUUACUCUCCUCUGAACAAGAGUGGUGAGGGAGAGAGCGCUACAGAGCAGAAGGAUGAGAAUGAGGCAUCAGGUGACGAGAGCAAGCUCAAACCCAAGAAUAAGAAGCAAGGCUGCAGUAACUUGGAGGUCCUGGCUGUUCUUGGUCAUGAGCUUGGACACUGGAAACUGGGCCACACUGUGAAGAACAUCGUUAUUAGUCAGAUGAACUCCUUCCUCUGCUUCUUUCUAUUUGCUGCUCUGAUUGGUCGGAAAGAACUGUUCCUGGCUUUUGGUUUCCAUGACAGCCAGCCAACUCUCAUUGGGCUGAUGAUCAUCUUUCAGUUCAUCUUCUCACCCUACAACGAGUUACUGUCGUUCUGCCUGACUGUACUGAGUCGUCGGUUUGAGUUCCAGGCCGACGCGUUUGCUCGGGGCAUGGGUCGAUCCGCAGAGCUGUACUCCGCGCUCAUCAAGCUCAACAAAGACAACCUGGGCUUCCCCGUGGCCGACUGGCUCUUCUCUAUGUGGCACUAUUCCCACCCGCCGCUACUGGAGCGCCUGAGGGCCCUGACCGGCCCCAAGCAGGACUGACGGUUCCACAAGGGGACGCCACGUUCACCACCCAAGAAAGGCCUCUGCCGGCCACUUCUGGCCAUUUAAAGAAAAGGAAAAAAUAUUUCUCAGUCUCUCUGCAUCUCUUUCUUGCUUUUACUUUUUUACUUCGUUGUUUUUGAGUCCUUCCCAUAUUUUGUAACCAUUUUGGUUAGUCAAGUUUGCUUGAAAUGGCAUUAAGCCAAACGCACUGGUUUUCAAGUCCAGUAUUCUGUAUGCUGUGUGCUGCACGGUUUUAGGUAACACACCUGAUCAAGCUGGUCAAAUGAAUGUCUGUCCAUGCUCCCUCCACAAAUGUGAUCUUAGCAAUUAUUGCUGGUUUGCACAAGCUUAACAGAAAAUUUAGAAUAAUACAAAUACAAAUAAUGGCGCGCUUUACUUAGAUUUGCUGUAUUAUUGCUGAGUUUCUGCUACAUAAUGUUACCAAGACUAUGAUUUUGUAGCUAAUCAAAACGAAACAUGUUGGAAAAAACAAAACCGUGCUACUGAUUGUGUUUACAUGCACUCAAUAAUCCGAUCAUAAUUGGAAUUCCGCAGUCAUCUGAUUAUUCAAAUGAUCAUGUAAACACUCUUAAUUUCUUAGAUCGGAUUAAGGUCUGGAAAUCUGAUAGAGAGCUUGGAUUUGAGCUCAGUCAUCAGGCUUCUCAGUGUCAAGUCUCACUCUGAUUUCUUUCGGAUUUCUCAGUCUAGGCAUGAGCGUAAAACAGACUGCAGAACCGGAAAUAAGUGAGCCGCGUUGCUGCAAGACGCAGCAAAACACCUUUGGAGCAACGAUGAAACUGCAUGCUUGACAAAAUGAAGGAUUUAAAUAUUCCUCAUCUUCUAGAUGAUGAUCAUAUUUUCAGGUAAAGUGGUGUGACUUUAUUUGAAGGGGAAAAAAAGCCUCGAUGUGAAGUUUGAGUUUACGUUACAUUUACGUCGUGUCUUCUUCUGUGAGUUUAUUGGCUGGUGCAAAAUCUGAACUCUGAUUACUGCCUGACUCAUAUAGACCCGGAGUUUCCCCAUUAUCUGAUUACUCAAGUGAAUGUAAACACAUUGAUCGGAUUACCACCAAAAUCUGAUUUUCUGCAGUUAUUGGAUCAUUUAGUGCACGUAAUCACACUCAAUAUUGGCUUUUUGUUGAUAUACAACCAAAACUAUACCCGUUCUAUCUUGACAUACAAAAUGAAUAUAAUUAUAGGUAUUUUGACACAAACUGAGCUGCACGCUACAAUGUCUCAUCAGCCUUGAAUUGGACGUUUCGUAAAGCUUGUCCAGCAACAGGAUGCAUUUGUGGGCAGCGCAUGAAUGAAUCAUUUAUCAAGCAUAAGCAGGGUCAGGUGGUCUGGGAUAGAGAACAUUGUAAACAGUGCAGGGCAGUUCCCGUGACUCAAAUUGGCCUAAUGCAUCAACUGAAUAAGCGUUUGAGGAAGCUGACCAUACAGGCUAUAGGCACCCUGUUUGGCUAAAUUAAGUACAGACGGUUAUGUUGGUCUCAUUCUGAUUCGAUUUAUUUUUUAAUUCAGAAAUGUCCCCUCUUCUGUAGAUGUCAACAUUCCACGUUUUCAUUUACAAAUCAUCCAAAAGUGCAGUCUUGGUUUGGCCAGGAGCACCGGUCAGUGAUGAAAGACCUUGAGAAGGUGCUUUAUAUUGCUGCUUGUAGAAAAACUCCUGUCCAUAAACAAAAUUAAUUUAUGCUGGUGGUGAAACAUAAACUAGAGGGUGGAAUUACGAAUUGCGCAGUUACAUCAGGCAGAGAUGCUGGGGAGGUUCUCCUGAGACUCCUCUGAUGACAUUCAGAUGCGUCUCUUCACAAAAUAUGACUUUUACAUGUCCAUACGUUCAGCCGUGUUAUUGUUCUGACCAUUUCACUUCUUUUGUCACUGAAGUAACAAACGUUAAUUUUACUUUGUUGUACUGUGGAACCAAAUGUAUUCUGACCAUCUCUGUAAAUAGUAUUUUUUUUUGUGAAUUGAGAGCAACUUACAAGCAUAAGUCACAAAUUUAGGAAAUGUUGAAAAAAUAGGAAUUUUCUGAAAAUGUUUUAUUGUUUAGUUUCUUUUCAUUCUCAGUGCCUGUGUGUAUGUGAGCAUGAGGAGUGUUGCUAAGAGUGUGUGUGUGUGUGUGUGGUAGGAGUGAUGAAGCUAAUCAUACUAAUCCAACACAUGACAUCCAAAAUGAAAGGAGUUUUUUUUUUGGUACUAUCAUCCUCAGUUGAUUAGAACUAGAGCUGCACAAUGUAGACAAAAUCAUAGUAUUUGAUUCUAUUGCUGAAUAUUGAGAUGGCAGAAGUUCAUUGGUUGAAAUGUAUACAAAACUCAUUCAGUGGGGUUUUCAAUGUGAAAUGGUUCAUUGUAGAGAACCUUUAGUGGUGGUGAUGGGAACCAGGGGUCACCAUGUCUACAACACAAAUAUAGCCAUUUUAUUUACUAUCCAAAAUGAACAGUGAACCUACAGGAGUUUAUAUGCAAUAUUGUCAAUAAAAUAGUGGAAAAUCUUUAAGGACUGUUUUGCCUCACACUGCCCUGCAUAUGCCACCCCCCCUUGAAUAAAUAAUAAAAAAUGCAAUAUUAGAUGUCUGGCAGCGUAAUCUAUAAUCAUUUCAUGUUAAAACUUUCUGUGAUGCAGCUUUUAGAGGCAAUAAACUCUUCAGACGUCUGGUUCCUGUCACCACUAUUCUAGAAUUUCUCAAGGACCGUGCAUUUUCGCAGCAAACCACGCUAAAUGACUACUUACAUUAAAUCCAUUUUAAAAAUGCAUUGCUUUUACCAAAAUUAUAUACUUUUAUCAAAUUAGACAAGUACCUUUAUUCAUCGAAACACCCAUUAAUGGCCAUUUGGAGCUUUGUUUGGUCUGGAUUCUCACAGCACACAGUAAGAAACAUUGUAAUUGGUUAAAGGGCCAUUUGCAUACCACUACCUUCUUUGAUAUCAGUAAGGCCAAUAUCAUGAUUAGUUUUGCCAGAUGAUUUAUUGUGCAGUUCUACAAUUUUGAGUUCAUUCAAGCAGAAAUGCUGAUUUUGGUGACUUUUCUAGCAUUAGCAUUUGAAGAAGCCUUUUUCCUACCAGGGUGUGUGAAGUUUAUUUUCAAAUUUUCAAAAAGGACUAUUAGGAUGAAAGAAGUUUGCAUGCUGAAAUAUGGAACCCCAAAAUCCUCUCAAUCCACCCAGAGUUCAGGCACUGACCAGCUAUAGAAAAGCAACAGCAAAUCCAAUCAGAGGAGCCGUUAGUUGGUCUGGCAUCUUGGACUGAUCAGGCAACCCAGGCUGGGCCUCAAAUUCCUCUCUGCUCCCUACUUAGUGCACUGAAUAGGACAAGUUAACAACUGACUAUACUAUGCAGUGCGUGGUUUUAUCAGAAGCCGUUUAGCCCCAGUGUUUGAGUUUAGCUUCCUUCAUCCUGAUUCCCCUAUAAAUUCACCCUUUGCACUUCCACAUUUGCAGUGUUCAUGAUGUUUACGGAUGUGCUUCGUCUCAUGAAUAAAACCUUUCACAACGGC